AGGAGGGAGGGGGCGGCCCGGCCCGGCCCAGCUCUGCCCCCGGCCCGGCCCGGCCCUGGCCCCGGCCCCGGCCCCGGCCCAGCCCUUAUCUGAUCGACUCGUCUAGUUUAAGAGCCGGGCCCCGCCCGUCACACAGCUCCGCUCCUCUCCUCACCCUCCAGCCCGCCCCGUCAGUGAAGCCUUCAGUGCGUUCUCUCGGCCACCCGGUCCGAGGUGCUUCCCUGCCCAGGACCCAAGAUGACUUCGGUUGCAAAGGUAUACUACAGCCAGACCACCCAGACAGAGAGCCGGCCCCUGAUGGGCCCCGGGCUGCGUCGCCGGCGGGUACUGACCAAGGAUGGCCGCAGUAACAUCCGCAUGGAACACAUUGCUGACAAGCGCUUCCUCUACCUCAAGGACCUAUGGACCACCUUCAUUGACAUGCAGUGGCGCUACAAGCUGUUACUGUUCUCGGCCACCUUUGCAGGCACCUGGUUUCUAUUUGGUGUGGUGUGGUACCUGGUGGCUGUGGCCCAUGGAGACCUGCUGGAGCUAGGGCCUCCGGCCAACCACACGCCCUGCGUGGUGCAAGUGCACACGCUCACAGGUGCCUUCCUCUUCUCCCUUGAGUCACAGACCACCAUUGGCUACGGGUUCCGCUAUAUUAGUGAAGAGUGUCCACUGGCCAUCGUCCUCCUCAUUGCCCAGCUGGUGCUCACUACCAUUCUGGAGAUCUUUAUCACAGGCACCUUCCUGGCCAAAAUUGCCCGGCCCAAGAAGAGGGCUGAGACCAUCCGCUUCAGCCAGCAUGCUGUGGUGGCCACCCACGAUGGUAAACCCUGCCUCAUGAUCCGUGUUGCCAACAUGCGCAAAAGCCUCCUCAUUGGCUGCCAGGUGACAGGUAAGCUGCUCCAGACCCAUUUAACCAAGGAGGGGGAGAGCAUCCGGCUCAAUCAAGUCAAUGUGGCCUUCCAGGUGGAUACAGCCUCUGACAGCCCAUUCCUCAUCCUACCCCUUACCUUCUACCAUGUGGUGGAUGAAUCCAGCCCUCUACGUGACCUGCCCCUGCGAAGUGGAGAGGGGGACUUUGAGCUGGUUCUGAUCCUCAGUGGGACAGUGGAAUCCACCAGUGCCACCUGCCAAGUGCGCACUUCCUACUUGCCAGAGGAGAUCCUCUGGGGUUAUGAAUUCACACCUGCCAUCUCGCUCUCCGCUAGUGGCAAGUACGUGGCUGACUUCAGCCUGUUUGACCAGGUUGUGAAAGUGACCCCUCCCGGCUGCCUCCGAGACACCACUGUCCGUUAUGGGGACCCCGAAAAGCUCAAGCUAGAGGAGUCAUUCCGGGAACAGGAAGGGAAAGAGGGCAGUGCCCUCAGUGUCCGAAUCAGCAAUGUCUGACAGCUUUGACUCCCACUUCCCUCACCCCUUCGGGCCAGAGGAGAUGUUCUCUGGUUCUACCCUACCCCAUCUCGUGCCUGCUCUCUCUCUCCACUCCCGGGUGGGGUGUCCUACCCAGGCUCACUGGAGAGAGCCCUAGGACCACCCUUCUCCUAAUCCCAUCUCCCUCCCCCCCCCCUCCAGUGGCCUGUCAUUUGCCUAGGCCAGCCUGAGGGAACAGUCCCCCUUUGGAGACUGAGCCCCACCUCCAAGCCCAGGUUUGGGGUGUUUGGGACAGAGUAGAUUGGGCUGAGGAGGAUUAGGAAAUCUCAGUCAUUACUGGAGACUUGAUAAGAGAACUGUACAGUUGGGUGGAUGGACUCUGCUCCAUUUAUAAAGCUUGGUGCCUUGAGGAUGGAGGACUUUCCUUUCCCACCUUCCCAUCUAGCUGGUUCCCUGAGCCCAGGCUCCCUCUGCUGGUCACUCUGGGGACUAUACUCUUAGAUAUGCCUAAUGUGGGGACCAGGCAGUGGAUAAAGUAUCAAGCUAUCAUAGUAUCCCUGCUAUACCCCAACAGAGAACCCUACUUCCUCUUCUGAUGAGACUGAUUCCCCUUCUGGCCCAAACCUAUGGGCUUGAUCACUACCAUUUUCUCCUUCACAAUUCCCCAAGGGGAUCUUCUUCCUAUGUCCCAGAUCUGACUUGUCCCUCCUUUGAUGCCUUUGUCCCCAGACAUUAGAAUUGAUCAUAACAAAUGACCACAACAUAUAGUCAUACCACAAUCACACACUCAUAGAGUUUUAAAUUCUUCGAAUCGAGGAUCACUGGAAAAGAUAUUGUCCACAUUCCAGGUGCUUAUCUCCCUAGGCUAUUCAAGGUCUCCUGUGAGAGGUCUGACCCUAGCUGCCACAUUCCCCAAGGAAGGGUUCAGGUGUCUGAACCCUUAGAAAAGGGUCUAAGAUGAUGUUUCAGACAGAAGCUGUACCUAGGGCACCCUCUUUUCUAACUGGUUUGUUCAGUGUCCCUUUUUCCUUCCCAUAACGAUUCUGUUUCCCAAGGUGAAUGGGAAGUGGAGAGGGAGGACUUUUCUUUAGUUUUUCAUCCACUGAAGACCAGAUCUCAGGGCCCAAAAGCUCUAAUGAAAGUGGACAAAUCUCACCAAGUGAGAAGUUUUCCAUAUGCCAGGCUUUUGGAUAGAGCUUUUUGGGUGUGCCUUCAAGGGACUGGUUAUAUACUGUUGAGCACUGGACAAGAAACCAAGAUCUAUGCUUGGAAAUCACUAUUAGCACUCCCAGUCAUCCUGGACUCCUCUGAAAAGUACAAGUUACUUCACAGGCCAUUAGAUGGAUACCUGAAUGCUGUCGGAAAGAACAUGGAAUUCCUGGGCCCCAGAGGAAAAUGAAGAGGAUCCACCUUAUUCCAACUCUCCUGUUCCCCCAGAACUCAGUUUCAGAUGCUUAGUGGGCAAGUAUUCUCAAAGGAACAGGACUGUACUACAGCCCACCAAAGGAGGACAGUGUGAUGCAGUAGAAAGAAUACUGGAUUUGGAGUCAGAGGACCUGAGUUCAAAUCCUGGUUUUGCUACUUACUACCUAUGUGGCCUGGAGCAAAUCACUUAAACUCUCUGGGUCUCAGUUUCUUCAUCUACAAAUCAGCUGGGCUAACUGACCUCUAAGGUCUUUUCUAGCUCUAAAUCUAUGAUCCAUUUCCUGACAGGAACAGGUUUGGAGAGCCACUGGGGCUUUUGGACUGAAGAAAGCCUCCAUAUCUAUGGAGGGUAGCCCUAUUGGCAGGUAAUGAGGACACUGUUGCAGGGUUCUUGUGGAGUGUCAUUAAAUGAGGUAGCUGAGAGAAGACCCUGUUUCUACAUCAGGAGAGAGGAGGCUAUAGCAGAAGUCACCAUCUGGUGGUUUAUAUAAGCCUAUGCCCAGCUAAUCACAUUCCAACCUACAGUUUUGGUAAAAAAUGUGUCUGUUUCCAGAUGUCCCUAUAUGUGUAUUCUCAUUCUGUAGUCUUGUAGACAGGCUCACCAUAUCUCCAGGCUUACCACAGAAUCACAAACUGACCACAUUUGCACAAGCUCCACUCGUGAUGAGCUUUUUGGACUUGGCUAAUCCCAGCUGCUAUGUGGAGACUGCUGCCACCUCUCCAUCAAUCUCUGCCUAUAAUAAUCCCCCUUAGAGGCUCCUGGCCUAGGUGGAGUUUAGACAGAGUUGAAGCUUGCAGAUACUUGAGAGCCUUCCACAGGGACCAGAAGGGAGAGGGCCAUCCGCUGAAUUUUCCCUUCUUGAAAUCAGACUUCCCUGUUUUCUUCUGUGUCUAUAUACAGAUAAGGACACAUACACACUGACAUAUAAUGUCCACACCUAUAUCUUAUUCCUAAUCAGUCCCCAUCCAUCUGGUUUCUUCUGCACAUAGCUGCCACCCCCUUACAUGAGUCAUUCCUCCUCUCUCCCUCCACUCCCUUAGUCUUAAUUUCUCAGCCUUCCCAGCUCUUUGGACGGUCAACAAACUUGGAGAAGUUGUCUGGAACCCAAUUCACUGUCUUACCUCCAGGAUCCUGCCCGUGUCUUGUCCCCAACUCCAGGCCUCCCUGUAAAUUGCACUUUAUUUGGCAUGUUCUCCUUUGGUCUGGCCUGGCACUCUUAUCCCCCUACUCACAUGCCAAGGAUCCCAUUCUCCUACCCAACCCUGAAUGCGUUCAUUGGAGGGCAGUCUCUGUCCCCAGAUCAGACUUAUUUCUCUUCUAAACUGUGAGAUGUGCCUCCAGAUAUGGACAGUUCUUACAGGAAAUGGAUCACAUCUCCACCAACCAUCAUCUAGGAAUGUGGGGAAAAGGGGAAAGAGAGAGUCAAGGGUGCUGAGUGAGGAUGUGUCAGAGGAUGGUCUGAUAACCUCUGGAAGAGAUGGGGUGAGAAGACAGAAGAAGGUGGUGGUAUUGAGGGAACCCACCGAAAUCCACCAAACUUUUAUGCCUUACCAUCCACCUCUUUACAUCACUAGACACCUUAGAUAAGAGAAAAAAGUCUAGGCAGGGUUUGGGGGAGGUCACAUGACAUGUAUAGAAGGUUUACCUAUGGAAGAGAGAUAGAAAAAAUAAUAUAUAUAUAUAUAAUAUAUAUACAUCUAUGUAUGUGUAAAUAUAUGUACAGAAAAGUGCACAGGGAGCUUACAGUGAGGGGCAGGACACCUUGCCCUAAUGAAGGGUGGGUCAGGGAGAGGGAUGGGUGGGAUGCCCCGGACUCCCUGUCUCAUGAUGGUCACUGGUUCUGGUCACAGUCUAGAGUUGGGGGAUUGGCUCGAGGUCCUUGGAAACUGAGAAAGGAUAGAACAUGCUGAUCUUGCUGGAAAUAAGGCAUCUAUUGUGAGCUUGUGAUACUCAGAAAACAAAUCAUUCCCCACAGCCCAGUGUUGCUGUCAGGGCCUGAAGAGGGCCUGCUGGUGAGUAGGAGAAGCAGCAGAGAAAUUAAGAGGGCCCUUAGGGAGGAGGUUUUUUCGGGUUCUAACUCAGUGUAGAGGCUAAGUCUGGUGGAAAACUUCUUAGCUCUGUUUCUGAAUCCUAGCAGUUGGAUCCUAGCCUGCAUAUCCAUUGUUUUUAAAGUCCAGUCCAAUCCAACUUGUCCCUCUUAUUCUAUUCACAGGGGUGAUAGCAGCGAUAGCCUGAGCCCUUAGAGAUAAUGACUAUCAUAUUUGGGAGCCUUAACACCCAGAUUCCAUCUUGGCCUCCCUAUCAUAAAAGCUGGGGGUGGGUGCAGGGGAACUGGAGUGGGAGGAUUCUAUCUCACCCUCCUGGCUCCCUUAUCCUCCGGUGCAGGAUUGUUGGGCUGCUACUUCCAAUGUUACUCCUAAGAUAGAUACUUAAGUAUCUGUGUAAAUACUGGCUAAAAGCAGCACUUAGGAGGAGAAUGCCUCCAAGGGCAGGCAGACCCUGGUGCUGUCAUGAGUGACAAUGGGUUGUUUCUGUGCAGAUAGGAGAAGAGGGUAGGAUUGCUCUGGGGGACAGCUGGUGGUAGCUUUCACACUACAAUUAGUUCCUCAGCGUCUCCCAAAUCUAAUGAGACUACCUGAGGAUUUCAUAUGUGGCCUGAAGGAAAGGAAGAAGUUAUCUACAACACCCCCACCCCACAUGGCAGAAAUUAACCAUUCCCCUCCCCAGGCUGCUAUCCUAGUCCUUCACCCUCACUUGGCUUAUCUAGUUUAUUUUCAAAGUAACAUACUGUUGCCUUCACUGUAGAGCUAGCUUGGGCCUUGGGCCCAGUAAUGGCCCAUUCUACUGAACCAGGAGUGUCUAGGAAAAGGUGUUUCCAUUCAUUGUGCUAAAAACUAAACCAAGUCAGAUUUAUCCAAUAAAAAGAUGCUUGAGUAUUUUUUUUUUCCUGUACAGAAUAAGCUACUAAAUAAAAUAUUUCAUCACCA